AUUACAGGGAGAGAGAGAGAGAGAGAGAGCUGCGUGCCUUCUUUUGCGGGUCGUGUAAUAAUAUCCCGUUCUUUGAAACCCAAACCCAAAAAGAAAAUUAAAAAAAAAAAAAAAAACCCCAGACAGACACAUUCCUUCUUUUGCACUGCUCUCUAAUGGAAAUUAACUAGUAGCAGUUGCAGAGCGUUCAGAUGAUAGCUUUAAUCUCAAAAAUAAUUGUAUUUAGUUUGUGUCUCUGACCCACAACCGCAAAGAAGAAGAUGUAUCCACACACGUAGAGACAGCUCUACUGUUUUCGCCCACAUAUGAUACAGAUAUUUGAUCAUUAUCUUAGAUCUAUAGACACAGAGAGAAACAGAGAGAUUUUUGUUUCUAUAAUGGAUAAAAGCUGUCAAUCCUCUGGUGAUUCUAUCAUCACCGCAGCCACUAGUAGCGCCAGAGAUCAGUACCUCAAAAACCUCAAUAAGCUUUCUCAUAAGAUCUCAAAACCCAUCAUCACCAAGAAGCCUCCACCUCCUUUUGAUCAUCACACCUUUAAUAACAAUAAUAUUAAUUCCAAUACUUCAUCUCAAUCGCAAACGCAAUCACAGGCUUCACAGCAGCAGAAUCUGCAGGCGCAGCAGCAGCAUCAGCCGCCGGUUUACAAUAUCAACAAGAAUGAUUUCAGGGACGUUGUUCAGAAACUCACCGGAUCUCCUGCCCACGAGAGGUUUUCUACUCCUCCUCCUAUUCACCCACCCAAGCCUCCAAGCACUCGCUUGCAGCGUAUCCGCCCUCCUCCCCUCGCGCACGUUAGCAACCGCCCGCCUCCCUUGAUAAACAGCGCCAUCCCUCCUUCUCAUCAACCUCCGCCGCCACCUCUCAACGCCUCCGUAAACCCUCCCAUGCCUACCGCCACAUCGACUAACAAUUUUAUCCAACGGCCGUCAGCUCCUCUGUCACCGUUACCGCCGUUUCCGGGGGUCCACGCGGCGGCCGAGUCGCCGGUUUCUGCUUACAUGCGCCUCCUGCAGAACUCGAUCUCUGGCGUCGAUUCUAAUAAUCAGUUUUUGGGAUUCUCGCCGCUAGCGCCGCUGGUUUCUCCUCGAUGGAAUAAUCUACCUCCUCAACGGCCGCAGCUGCACCAGAAUCAACAACAAUUUACACCGCUGCAGCAGGGGAUACUUCCAUCGCUGACAUCAGGUAUGUUAGCGUCACAGCCACAGUUCCAGUUGCCAUCGUCACCGCCACCGUUUGGGUGCCUGAACUCGCCGCGAUCACCGCACCCUUUGUUUUCCCCUGGUCUGUUGCUCUCACCAUCUUCGUUUCCGGUAUCUCCGACAUUGCCGGUGCCUAGCCCAAGAUGGAGAGCUCUUUGAGAGUUUCAUUUCAUCGUCUUCUUCUUCAGCUGUUACUUUCUCCUCUGAGAUCAUUACAUUACAGUAGCACCUGAUUGCCUCUAUGGCUGGCAAUUCUCUUUUAGGAAAUUUUUUUUCCUUUCCAAAAGAUCAUUCAUUAAUAAGGAACUGCAUGAAGCAGUGAAGAUACAAGCUUAAUUUGGUCCCUCGGAUUGUACGGAAAAGGAGGACUGCUAAGGUUGCUCGGGGCUAACAAAUGAGCCAGGUGGUUAGUAUCUCUCCUAAUAAAAUGAAAAUCACAUGAUUGCAAAUUACUCGCAAAGGGACCGAAUAUCAUGAAUUAAACGUUGGAUGAUUUAUAUGUAUUUUUUUAUGAACGGAUAUAUAUAUAUAUAUACAUAUAUGGGUGUUUUGAAUGUUGUUUUAUGUUUAGUUGAGUCAUAAGAGUUUGAAGAAGUGGUCACACUUUUAUGCAUCACUUAAUUAGUUU